AUGCGGAGAAAAAGGGAAGAUGAUGACUUCCGCCGAGCCGAAGCCCCCAAAAACGCUAUCGCCAAGAAAUUACAAAGAAUGGAUGAGAACAUGCGGCACCAAGAACAACAACGAGACAGAGUAGGAAGAGCUGAGCGCAGAAGCGAUGACAUCUAUCGUGAGGAGGAAAAAGAGCGGGAUAGGAUGCACCACGCUACCCGCCGAGAGGACGAGUCUUACCGCGACAUCGAAAAAGAGCGGGAUAGGAUAAAACACGCUACCCGCCGAGAUGAUACAUAUUUCAAGCAGGCCGAGCAACAGCAGAACACAAUUAGAAAAGCUAUUUCACGUCAUAGGGCCCAGGCGGAUUUUGAUAUUUUGUUAAACCCAGACGAUGCUACCCCAAGUGAUACACACAUUGAUGAUAUUCAAGAUCUAUCUAUCAAUGACAAUUCCCAAACUGAAGAUAAUGAUCCCCCCUUAACGGAAACUCUUAUGCAAGAAGACCAACUAAUCAUGGCGGUUGCACCUGGAGAAGGAAUGCGCCCGCUGUCGUUACUUUUGGAUCUCGACACUGAGGAGCUGUCCUUCCCUUCUAUUUACUGCGGAAUCAAACGAAAAUUGAAUCCAGAAGCUGACUUAUCAUAUACUGAUAUUGCAAAGUCAGAACUUCGCAGAUUUGAUCCACGUUGCAGAAGAGCUGACAAAAUCUUAUACAGCUAUCGCCUGGUCCAAACUCACAGAAUCGCGAGUAACAUAAACAUAUGUAUUCGAAAAAAGAAAAAGCGUGGAAUCGUGACUGUUGGAAAUCUACUUAACAGACAAUGUGUCCAGAGCUUAAUUCAACACGACGACGGGUAUCGACUUUUAUCAAACAUAGUGAACUCACCGUCGUAUUUGGAAGAGAAGAAGAAGGACGUUAUGGCCAUGAUUCGUCAAUUGGGCCUUCCAACAUUUUUCAUUACGACAUCUGCCGCGGAGACGAAAUGGCCCGAGUUGAUUUCAAUGCUUCACAACAGAAAGUAUGGGACUGAAUUAACUGAUGAAGAAGUUUCCAACCUAAAAUUCGAUGAUAAGGCGGAUCUCAUACGACAUGACCCCAUAGGAUGUGUAAUGGCUUACGACAGAAGGGAGAAGGCAAUGGACAGAUUUUUGAUCAAGCCAUCUGGUGGAAUAUUUCACCCUUAUUUGCACCAGGACUUUUUUAAGAGGAAAGAAGUUCAGCAACGCGGGUCAAUACACACUCAUAGAAUGGACUGGAUUCAGGAUGCCCCGAAGUUUGAGAAAGAAAAUCCCUUAACACAUCAAGCUUGCUGUGAAUUCAUAGAUGAAUUCAUAACCUGCAGAAAAGAUGAAACCGGUGACAUGAAGGAAGUCCUUGCAUACCAGAUACAUAAUCAUUCUCAUCCAUGCGAAGACAAAAGGCGAGGAUGCAGAUUCGGUUUUCCUAUUCCACCCAUGAGGACGACCAGAAUACUACUUCCAUUACCUCCGGAUCAAGUGAAGUUAUAUAAGCAACAAUUUACCAAUAUUAAAGAAAAGCUUUCCACAUGUGGACGACAUGCAGAGGAAAUUAACUUUGAUACCUUUCUUCAAGAGCUGGGUUUGAAUGAAGAAGAUUACAUUCUCUCGAUUCGUUCCAACCUCAGAAUUCCUAAAGUGUUUCUUCGGCGUGGUACCCAUGAAAUCUAUAUAAAUGCAUACAAUAGGAAGCUUCUCUUAUGCUGGCGAGCAAAUAUUGACAUUCAAUUUGUUUUGGAUCCCUAUGCUUGCGCAACUUACGUUGUUAAUUACAUAAGCAAGUCAGAUCGAGGCGUGUCGAAAAUUUUGCGCCAAGUUAGUAAAGAAAUUAGGGAAGGCAAUUUUAGUUUGAAAGAACGCUUAAGCUUAUUUGCCAAUGCUUUUGCAAAAUCCUCGGAAGUUUCCGCUCAAGAAGCCGCCUGCUGUUUAUUAAAAAUUCCAAUGACACAAAGUUCACGUGAUGUCACAUUUAUCAAUACAAAUCGACCUGAUGACAGGGGUGGGCAUUUGCAUUGCAUGCCCACCCUGGCAUUUUACAGGGUGGGCAUUGCCCACCCUGCCCAUGCCGUGGCUGCGCCUAUGUACUUAACUAAGAGGGCAAAUUCUCGGAUUAUCAGAUAUCGGAGAAUCGGCUUGUAUCAAGGUCCGGAUAAUUUUUAUCGGGAACAACUUAUGCUAUAUGUACCAUGGCGAGAUGAAAACAAAGAUCUUCUUGAUAUUGAUCAUGUUAAGGUGUACCAAAACCGCCUGGGUGUGAUUACACAAAAGCGCCAAAUAUAUGACCCGGGUUUUCCUGAAACCGAGCUGGAGGUAGAACUCACUAGGGCACAGGAAGACGACGAAGUUUUUGAAAAUGAUUUGCUCGAUCAUAAUCCAGUCGAUUUCAUAGCGGAAGACCAAGAUUUUGCUAUUGAGUUAGGGGAUUCAACUUCGAAAUUUAUGUCUAUUCGUCCCCCAAAGUUAAUACCAACAGAAGAUUACCUCCAGUUACUGAGAACUUUGAACGAAUGUCAGAGGAAAUAUUUAUUGAAUCUUUUGCAUAGUUUGAAAGCGCGAUCUGGGCAAAAUUUCCACAUAAUUCAUGGGCAGGCAGGUGUAGGAAAGAGUAGAUUAAUUCAUGCAAUCGUUCAAUGUAUAUUAAGGAUAUUGGAGGAAGAACCUGGAUUUAGUGGUGAAGCCAUUCCCGUGCUAGUUGCAGCAGCAACGGGCAAAGCUGCAUUUAAUGUUUCUGGCAUGACUUUGCACUCUGCUUUUAGACUCCCGCCAAGUCAGUACGGAGGAAAAAUGGCUCCACUCGAUCAUGGAGACUUUUACCAGCUUAGUCCAGUUUUUGGGCAAUUUGUUUUCGAAGAGAGCAAGGAAAUUUUAGGACCGAUAAUUGGUAAUCCACUCUGGGAAAGAUUUCGCCUAUUUGAGCUCAAGGAAAUCAUGCGGCAAAAAGAUGACGCCAAGUUUGCAACUGCAUUAAACAGACUGUCAAUAGGAAUGCUUGAGGAAGAAGAUAUUGAAAUGUUCAAGAGUAGAGAAAUCAGAAGAAACUUAGUUGUCCCAGAUGACGCAACGUGGUUAUUUUACAGCAACGCUGAUUGUGAUAACUUUAAUCGUGAAGCGAUAAAUCGAGCAAAGGGUCCAUUGUUCAAUUCAUAUGCCAUAGACAGAGUUCAGGGUGGAAAGAUACGGGAGUCCCAAAAAGCAAUGUUAGAGUCUGCCGAAUAUUUAAGUUUACAACAAACCGGCGGAAUGCCUUACCAUGUUGCUUUAAGAGUCGGCCUUCGUUAUAUGAUUACAACCAACAUUGACGUAAGUCAUGGAUUGUUUAAUGGUGCCACAGGUAAACUAAUGGGUGUAAUUGAGAAGCCCUUAACCAGUGGAGGGAAGGCAGUUAAAGUUGUAUUCAUGGAAUUCUCCGAUAAAUUGGUGGGGCAACUGGCAAGAUCAAAUAAUCUAGAAUUGCUCAAGCAAUUAGCAAUUCCGUUGCAUUGGACUCCAGUCUUCUCAGAGACAAAAGCAUUAAAUAGUUUUGGACGUUAUCAAGGAAUGGAAAUUGUUCGCCGUCAAAUUCCUUUAGUUGCUGCCAAUGCCAUUUCCAUCCAUAAAUCACAGAGUCUGUCAAUUCCAAACACGGUCGCAAAUAUUCCAACUCGAGGAUUAAGAAGGGAUGCAAUUUAUGUAGCUAUGAGUCGGGCGCCUUCUUUAUCAGGAUUAUUUAUUGGUGGGACCUUCAAUGCCCCACGUGCAAUCGACACCUUAAGACAUCCUGUGGCUUUAGAGCUCUCCAGAUUGCGAAAAUUACCAUUUCCAUAUUCGCUUAGAUAUUUACCAGAUCAGGAAGAUCCCAAUAAAAUCGUAUUCCACAACAUUCAAUCUUUCCGAGCACACUGUGACGAUAUUCUUGCUGACAAAAAUUAUAUGGCAUCUGAUAUUCUGUGCUUUUGUGAAACUCGGACAUUGGUAUCAGACAUGGUUGAGCUGCCAGGAUUUUCUAUUUUGCAUCGGAUAGACUCACCGACUAUCCAGUCCUCUAUUGGAACACUUGUGCUUAGAAGUGACUCAUACUCUCCAAUCAUAUCAGAUUUUCAAUACUCACAGGGCAAUUUAAGUUUCAAUAAACAUUUUCAAAUAGUUCAAUGGAGACAGAACAAUGUUAGAAUUUGUAUGCUAUACCGUAGUCCUCAGUACAGUACGCUGACUUUUCUACAGGACAUAAGAAAUCUUCUGAUUAGCACCAAGAACACGCCAGUGAUCGUUUUCGGUGACUUCAACCUGAAUUUCCUAGCCCAGGAUGGAUGUCAAAUGAAGCAGAUUUUUUAUUCAAUGGGGCUCCGAUUAAUAACUCCAGCUGAAUAUAGUACGGAUGGAAAUACAUCAAUUGAUGCAUGCUUUUCUAACAUACAGGGUGUUUCUGCUUGGUUCUAUGAAAGCUAUUGUAGCUAUCAUAAACCAAUUUGUGUGACAUGGCCAGAUGAUAUAGCUAUAUUGUCAUCAUUAGAAUCAGUAACUUGUCCCAUAGAGACCGAACUAAUGGAGGUAGGUGUUAGCGAUAAUGAAAUCUGUCUGGAAACAGAGGAUUCGGAAAUGGACGUAGAUAGCGAAAAUUUGUUUGUAGACGGUGUAAUUUUAGAACCAAUCCCUUCAAUUCAUCUCGGCAUUCAAAAUUUAGGCAAUACAUGCUACAUUAACGCGAUUUUACAUUUAAUAUACGAUUCUCCUUCCAUUCAAGAAUUUCUUAAAAUCAGUGAAGAUCGUUUAUCUCGUUGUCUAACGGGUUUCCUCCACGCAUUAGUCACCCCAGUUCCACUUGGUCAACUUAGAACUACCAGACUAGAGUUAGUUGAAUGCAUGCCAUCAUACCCAAUUGGAAUGCAAGACGACCCCCAUCUAUUUCUUCUUGACAUCUUGCAGAACUUAAGCAACUCUGGGUUAUCUCUAGAAGAAUAUGUUUCCACAAUAGAAACUGAGGUUGCGUGUUACUGA